CCGGGGCGGGGCGGCGCGGUCGCGGGUGGAUGACGCGCGGGGCCGGCGGAGUCGCCGCCACUUCCUGGAGCCGCCGGCCGGGGCCGCUAGCUGCACUCAGCGCCGGAGCCGGAGCCCGCGGCCGCCGCCAUGUCCCACCAGACCGGCAUCCAAGCAAGUGAAGAUGUUAAAGAUAUCUUUGCCAGAGCCAGAAAUGGAAAAUACAGACUUCUGAAAAUAUCUAUUGAAAAUGAGCAGCUUGUGAUUGGAUCAUGUAGUCAGCCUUCAGAUUCCUGGGAUAAGGAUUAUGAUUCCUUCAUUUUGCCCCUGUUGGAGGACAAGCAGCCAUGCUAUAUAUUAUUCAGGUUAGAUUCCCAGAAUGCCCAGGGAUAUGAGUGGAUAUUCAUUGCAUGGUCUCCAGAUCAUUCUCAUGUUCGUCAAAAAAUGUUGUAUGCAGCAACAAGAGCAACUCUGAAAAAGGAAUUUGGUGGUGGCCACAUUAAAGAUGAAGUGUUUGGUACAGUAAAGGAAGAUGUAUCCUUGCAUGGGUAUAAGAAGUAUUUGUUGUCACAGUCUUCCCCCGCCCCACUGACUGCAGCAGAGGAAGAAUUACGACAGAUUAAAAUUAAUGAGAGCCCAGAGGACCAUUUUGGGGUACAAACUGACGUUGGCGUGGACACUAAGCAUCAGACACUACAAGGAGUAGCAUUUCCUAUUUCUCGAGAAGCUUUUCAAGCUUUGGAAAAACUGAAUAACAGACAGCUGAACUAUGUGCAAUUGGAAAUAGAUAUAAAAAAUGAAAUUAUAAUUUUGGCCAGUACAACAAAUACAGAACUGAAAGAUCUGCCAAAGAGGAUUCCCAAAGAUUCAGCACGUUAUCAUUUCUUUGUGUAUAAACAUUCUCAUGAAGGAGACUACUUAGAAUCCAUAGUUUUUAUUUAUUCAAUGCCUGGAUACACAUGCAGUAUAAGAGAACGGAUGCUGUAUUCUAGCUGCAAGAGUCCUCUGCUAGAAAUUGUAGAAAGACAACUACAAAUGGAUGUAAUCAGAAAGAUUGAGAUAGACAAUGGGGAUGAACUGACUGCCGACUUCCUCUAUGAGGAAGUACAUCCCAAGCAGCAUGCACACAAGCAAAGUUUUGCAAAACCAAAAGGCCCUGCAGGAAAAAGAGGAAUCCGAAGACUUAUUAGAGGUCCAGCUGAAACAGAAGCAACUACUGAUUAAAAUUGUUAUGUUAAAGAUUGCAAUACUAGUUUUUAAAAAUUCAGCUUUUAGUACAGGAGAACUGAAAUCAUUCCAUGUUACAUAGUAGAGGGAAAAAUUGUACUUUUUGAAGAAUAGCACUUUUCACUUCUAUGUGUUUUUUAAAUGAAUGUUAUAGAAGACUCAUGAUUUCUGUUUUUGAGUUAAAGGUAGAGUUUCAACAUAGUAGUAUUUAAUUUUGUCACAGUUUUCAUAUUGUUGACUCCACACUUUUCACAUGAUUCUUAAAAUUUUGUAUAGUUGGGCCAGUUUGAGAAAAUCUAAUGUCUUAAAGUAGAGUAUAUGUCUUACUACUCUUUAGUGAGACAUCUUUUUUCUUAAGAAGCAGGAAGACCUUAAAAUAGUUAUACUCCUUGCUGCAUACGUUAAGAACCAGGUUAGGUUAUUUUGUAAGCUGAAAAUUUAGUGUGCCUCAGUUGCUUUCUCUAAGGAGCAAUCUGACUCUGUCAGAUUGGGAUCAAGUCUGUGACUUUCACAACUAAUGCUUUAUUGCAGCAGUUUUUUAGAUUUGACUUUUUGGAGUUUUUUUUAAUGGCAUUAAGAUUCAUGAUGAUCAGCUUAGUCUGAAAUUAGGGUACUAGAUAUUUUCUAUACUGUAGGAUUUCUGUUGCCAUCGACUUUAAUUCUUCAGUACUAAAAAAAAAUAUUUCUUUCCAAAGUUAGUCAUUUCAUUUUAAAUACUGUGAGGCCAAAUGUUUAUAUUCAGAUUAAAAUUUAAAUUAGUAUUAUUCAAAAGGAACCAAAGCUAAAGUGAAAAAUGUUAAAAAAGUUUUAGAAUUUUUUUUUCUCCAAAAACCAUGUAUGUAUAGGCAAAUUGUUACCACUUUUUAGCAAAUAAUCAAAUUGAAAAUUGUUUUAAAGUCCUAGUUCUAAACAGUCUAACACAGAUAAACACUUAGCCUAUGAAUUUUGUUUCAAUUAAUAUUUUAAAACAUACUUAGCUUUUCUCUAAAGCUUUGCAUCUUCAUUUACAACCUAAAGAGAUUUGAGCCUCAUAUUUCUUUGAUACUUGAAAUAGAGGGAGCUAGAACACUUCAUAUUUAAUCUGUUAAACCUGCUGUGGAGCCAUAACUUGGAGCAAUUUUCUAACUGUAGGUACCCAGGAUUUGGAAUUUCUUGACCUAAACUUCAUGCUGCAUAAAACAAAUACUAGAAGUACACAUUUCAUACUAUAAACAUGAAGAUUCAUUGCAUAACCUUAAUGUCUAAGGUAAUACAUGCACCUUUGAGAAAUUCCAUGUGUGUUGAAAUAAAGAAUAUAAUUAUGGUUUGACAAGUUUUUAAAAAUAGAAUUAAGAGUAUUUGUGUGAGGUUUUUGUUUGUUUGUUUACAAAUAGACUAUUUAAACUUGCAGAAUAGUCAACAGUAACGCUAUACUUGUUUACUAAAGAUACACUCUUAAGUUUUUCCUUCGGUGCACAAAUAGACACAUAUACACACAAAUUACUGAUUUAAGAAUCCUGGCGCUAUGUUGUAGACCAUAGCUGAAGCUGUAAUUUUCAGUCAGGAUGAUUACCUAUUAUGGUAAUACGAAGUAACUUACUAGUGAAUGUUUUUCCUGUAUAAUUCAUGUGCAAUUAUACUCAAAAUUCCACUACACUACAUGAAAGUAAAUGGACAUUCCAAAUAUAGAUGUGAUUAUAUAAUCUUAAACUAAUUAAUAUUAAACCAAUGAUUGCUGAGAAUCAGUGAUGCAUUUGUUUUAGAAUAUAACUCAUUGUUUAUAUUAUGUUUUAGGUGGCACUAGAUGAUGUGGUGAAUAAUGUAUUCCCAAUAAAUUUAUAUAGCAAUCAGAAAUUACAUGCCUUCUGUGGAUAUUUUAUAAGUGCAUUUUAUAUUGCAAUAAAAAUUUUUUCUCUUUAA